GCUUGCUUUUUUACCACCCAGCCAACACCAACUACUUCUCAAUGCUCCCGUGAGACGUGAGUUGGCAGAGAACUUUACACAGAAGAUUUAAGGGGUCACCAAAACACUGCCAUUGAUUACGAAGCUGGUUGUUGGCAGACAGAUGGAGGACCUCUCCUUUUCACCGAUGUCCCGUGUCGCCAUUUGCGGCGGUACACACGGCAAUGAGAUGACGGGGGUAUACGUGAUACGAGAGAUGGAGAAGAAGAAAAAGGACAAGGUCGGAAACUCUGUGACCGUAACGACAGUCCUUUCAAAUCCGGAGGCUGUUAAGGUGUGCAGACGGUACAUUGACAAAGAUCUCAAUCGUUGUUUCACGGAUACUUUGCUGAGCGCACCUUUAUCGGCCAACUCGCCGUACGAGAUGAAGCGAGCUCAUGAGCUCAACGCGCUGCUCGGGCCUAAAGGAAACUUGCAGGCCGUGGACUUCCUGUGCGACAUCCACAACACAACGGCCAACAUGGGCAUGUGCUUCAUCUUGAACGGAUUUGACUGGAUCGCCCUGCACCUUUUUAAAUACGUAAAGAGUAAAACAACAUUUGGGCCUGUGAGAGCAAUCCAGUUUAACACGACACUUCCAGAGGCCUACUCACUUGAAUCUGUGGCUAAACAUGGUUUUUCGUUGGAGGUCGGACCUCAACCCACCGGAGUGGUCAGAGCAGACAUUUACAACAUGGUGACGGAAACGCUGGAUCUCAUCAUGGAUUGGCUUGAAAAUUUUAAUUCUGGAAGUACGUUCGAGGGUGGUGAAGUAGAGGUCUACUGUCAAACCGCCGUCCUCGACUACCCAAGAGAUCCCGCCACCGACGAGAUCAUCGCUGCUAUUCAUCCCCAGCUACAGGACAACGACUUCAAGCUUCUCCGUGCCGGGGAUCCUAUUUUCCGGUCGUUCAAUGGUGAGACGGUUAAGUACGAGGGCGAGGAGGCCUACCCGUUCUUUGUGAACGAAUGCGCCUACUACGAGAAGAGGAUCGCCUUUCAAUUAGCUCGCAAGAUUAGUAUUUGCCUCCCGUCAGUCUGUGUGAAAAAGAACUGAUAGUUCUUACGAGGAGAAAAUGUUAUUUUCAUAAAAGGUGCCUUAUCUUUUUUUUUUUUUUGACUGUGGAUCAAACACACAAAAUUUUAAGAUUGACAAGCCGUCCUGAGUGAUUGUCUGAAAAUGUUCAACUCACCAACGAGCUUUUAAAGUUAUUGAUACUGAUUAAAGUCCUCCAAAAAGAG